AAAAGAUCAUUUUGCACAUUACACGCAGCAAAAGUGUCUCAAUAAUCGCCUUCUUCUCUCUUCUCGAUCGCCGUCACGCUCCUCCCGAAUCUCCGGUUUUGAGUGUUUUGGAGAAUGGUGUUUUUCCGCAGCGUAACGGCCUUAACUAGGCUGAGGUCUCGCGUUGGGCAACAAUCUUCACUCAGCAAUUCAGUGAGAUGGAUUCAGAUGCAGUGCUCUACCGAUAUGGACCUCAAGUCGCAGCUGCAAGAGUUGAUUCCGGAACAACAGGACCGUUUGAAGAAACUGAAGUCAGAACAUGGGAAGGUCCAACUGGGAAACAUCACUGUUGAUAUGGUAAUUGGUGGGAUGAGAGGGAUGACUGGAUUGCUCUGGGAAACUUCAUUGCUUGACCCGGAAGAGGGAAUACGCUUUAGGGGCUUGUCAAUUCCUGAGUGCCAGAAAGUAUUACCUGCUGCCCAGUCCGGAGGAGAACCAUUGCCCGAGGGUCUUUUGUGGCUUCUUUUAACUGGAAAGGUACCUAGCAAAGAGCAAGUUGAAGCACUAUCAAAAGACUUGGCGAACCGUGCUGCUGUGCCAGAUUAUGUGUACAAUGCCAUCGAUGCCUUGCCUUCCACAGCUCAUCCAAUGACUCAAUUUGCUAGCGGUGUUAUGGCUCUCCAGGUGCAAAGUGAGUUCCAAAAGGCAUAUGAGAAUGGAAUUCACAAGUCAAAGUUCUGGGAGCCAACAUACGAGGAUUGCCUCAACCUGAUUGCUCGUGUUCCUGUCGUAGCUGCAUAUGUUUAUCGGAGGAUGUAUAAGAAUGGCGAUUCCAUUCCCUCAGAUAAAUCUUUGGAUUAUGGUGCAAAUUUUUCCCACAUGUUGGGAUUUGAUGAUGAUAAAAUGAAAGAGCUCAUGAGGCUUUACAUCACUAUACACAGUGAUCAUGAAGGUGGAAACGUUAGUGCUCACACUGGUCACCUGGUCGGUAGUGCACUUUCAGAUCCAUAUCUGUCAUUUGCAGCUGCAUUAAACGGUUUAGCUGGGCCACUCCAUGGUUUGGCUAAUCAGGAAGUUUUGCUUUGGAUCAAAUCAGUUGUGGAGGAAUGUGGAGAGAACAUUUCAAAAGACCAGCUGAAAGAAUAUGUCUGGAAAACAUUGAACAGUGGCAAGGUUGUUCCCGGAUAUGGACAUGGUGUUCUUCGCAAAACUGAUCCAAGAUAUGUAUGCCAAAGAGAAUUUGCCUUGAAGCAUUUACCUAAUGACCCUCUUUUCCAGCUGGUCUCAAAGCUAUAUGAAGUUGUGCCUCCCGUUCUCACCGAACUCGGAAAGGUGAAGAACCCAUGGCCAAAUGUUGAUGCUCACAGUGGAGUGUUGCUCAACCACUAUGGUCUUACCGAAGCAAGGUACUACACCGUGCUCUUUGGUGUCUCAAGGAGUCUUGGUAUCUGCUCUCAGCUAAUAUGGGACAGAGCUCUUGGAUUGGCACUUGAGAGGCCAAAGAGUGUUACAAUGGACUGGCUUGAUGCCUUCUGUAAGAAAGCUUCAUCUGCUUAAAGCCACCAUUCACUCUCUUGUUGAGUUGUUGUUCCAUUAUCUUCCACACUAAAUAGCCUUUCCUAUUGAAAGAAACGUUGAUCAUGUAGAAAUUGUUCAUCCUGAGUUUUUAUUUUAUUGUCCCUGAGAAAACACUUACAGUGUGCAAAUUUGCAUACCGAUAAUAAAUAAAACAUUUGUAUUCAGUUUUCAUAACCUCAAUCAUCAAUAAUCAAUCUUAAAUAACAUAAACAGAUGUAUUCAAUUCGCACAAACCUCCAUCAUCAAAUAUCAAAGAGAUGCACACAUUGAAUUGAGAAAGUAACAAGACUGCAGAAAGUAAAAAAAAAGAAAAAAAAAGACAGAACAAUACUGAGUAUAAUCAACAAGAAACAUGUUCUGCAAAGAAGAUUCACGAGCUGUUGUUCUUGUCCUUAUUGGUACUAGUAUCCUCAUCAACAUCAUCAUCACCGAUUGAGGCAGUGAAGUUAAGCCUCUCUUCGGUGUUGGCAGUGAUAACAGGCAACCAAACAUCAGCAGUGCCGCUAAGAAGAGUCUGAACUUGAGGAUCAGAAGCAAGAGCAGAUGAGAUCAUCUCAUCAACAUCGUCAAGCUUUGCUGAUAACUUAUCCAAUUCAUUAGCAAUCUCCACCUCAGUGAGUGGCUGAGACGACUUUGAUGGCACUUUGGUGACUUCUAAGCCAAGAGCUUCGAUCUUCGAACGUAAUUCCACUUCCUCUGUAUUCGUCAAAGAUUCAACCUGACGAAGAACACCAUAACAAUUCCUAUAACAUAUUCUAACCAACACAAUCGAAAUAAUCAAAAGCUAUUCAAUCUAAGACGAAUCCGAUUUUGAGAUCAUUGAAAUUGGAACAUGAAAUCAGAUCAUAAGGAAUUGGGAUCGAAACCUGAUGGAGAAGACCAGAAAGAAGCUGGAAGAGCUGCUCGUCCGGUUUUCCAUCCGCCAUUGAUAGAUAGAUUGAUUGAUUGAUCAAAGCUCUCUCUCUCUCUCUUCUUUUUU